UUUGUUUUUAAUAGUCAGCAACACUGCUAUUGGUGACGUUUCCGAGAGUGCGCAGGCAAAAGAGAAUAUUCAUCGAAAUAAAAUAAGAUUAAACUAGUUAUUUGCCUCUUCAAUUAUUAAAGUGAUGUUAUUAAUUAUGAUUAUGUAGUUUUUUACUUUAAGUGCAAAGUAAUUAACUGUAUUUGCAUAGCAUUUUAGCAACGGAAGUCGUGUAAUAACAUCACGUCAUGUCGUUGUAUGUGGUUUGCGCAUUGCUGCUUUUGACGCCUAUUCGAGCAUUUUAUUUGCCGGGUUUGGCUCCAGUAAACUAUUGUAUAGCUAGUGAUGACACUAGCAAAUCUUGCAAGACGGAAAUCCCGCUGUAUGUAAAUAGAUUAAACACAGAAGAAUCAGUAAUUCCAUUUGAGUAUCACCACUUUGAUUUCUGUACUACCGAUGAAAGUCAAUCGCCUGUGGAGAAUCUCGGUCAAGUCGUCUUCGGCGAACGAAUACGGCCGAGUCCUUACAAGCUCGAAUUUCUUCAAAAUGUGGAGUGCAAAGCAGUCUGUACUAAGACAUAUAGAGGCUCGGACACAGAUUCUAACAAACGGUUGAAUCUGUUGAAAAUGGGCAUGGCUCUCUCUUACCAGCACCAUUGGAUCCUAGACAACAUGCCUGUGACUUGGUGUUACUUGGUUAAUGAGGGGGGGAAGACCUAUUGCAGUACUGGGUUCCCGAUGGGCUGCCAAGUGCGCAAAGACAUGGACACAUGUACGCCGAUUGUGAACGGCCAUUCAAGUCGUAUUGGCGCUUACUACCUUUUCAACCAUGUAGACUUGGAGAUCACAUAUCACAGUGGUAGCGAAGAGGAGUGGGGCGUUGCUUUCGGUGAAAAUGGCGGUCGAAUUAUAUCUGCUAAGGUGAAACCAGCCAGCAUUCGACAUGCCAACCCAUCGAAACCUGAUUGUUCUGCCCGUGGUGCUGAACUACUCAUCCCAACUGAAAUCGAUUCAGACAAAGUCUUCAACAUUACAUACACUUACAGUGUUACCUUUAAGAAAAAUAACACUAUCAAAUGGUCCUCACGAUGGGACUACAUUCUCGAGUCUAUGCCACAAACGAAUAUACAAUGGUUCUCCAUCCUAAACUCUUUGGUGAUAGUCUUGUUCCUCAGUGGUAUGGUCGCUAUGAUUUUACUAAGGACUUUGUACAAAGAUAUUGCGAGGUACAAUCAAAUGGAAUGUGGUGAAGAUGCACAGGAAGAAUUCGGUUGGAAGUUGGUGCACGGUGACGUAUUUCGUCCCCCACGCCGCGGUAUGCUGCUGGCCGUGUUCCUCGGAUCUGGAUCUCAGGUGUUCGGAAUGACCUUAGUGACCCUAGCGUUUGCUUGCCUGGGUUUCCUGUCGCCGGCUAACCGCGGGGCUCUGAUGACAUGUGCGCUGGUCGCCUGGGUACUGCUCGGAGCCGCCGCUGGUUACGUUAGCGCUAGGAUCUAUAAGAGCUUCGGCGGCAGGAGGUGGAAGAGCAAUAUUUUGUUAACCUCCAUGGUGUGCCCUGGUGUGGUGUUCUCUCUGUUCUUCAUAAUGAACUUGGUGCUGUGGGGCAAGGGAUCGUCCGCGGCCGUACCUUUCUCGACCUUAGUGGCUCUGCUCGCUCUCUGGUUCGGCGUCUCUGUACCGCUUACUUUUAUCGGCGCUUACUUCGGAUUUAGGAAGAGGAUUUUAGACCACCCAGUGCGCACAAACCAGAUCCCGCGACAAAUUCCCGAGCAGUCGCUAUACACACAACCCGUUCCCGGCAUCGUGAUGGGUGGUGUACUGCCAUUUGGAUGCAUCUUCAUUCAGCUGUUCUUUAUUCUCAACUCGCUUUGGUCUAGCCAGAUGUACUACAUGUUCGGUUUUCUGUUCCUGGUGUUCGUGAUCCUGGUGAUCACGUGUUCGGAGACGACGAUCCUGCUGUGCUACUUCCACCUGUGCGCGGAGGACUACCACUGGUGGUGGCGCGCCUUCCUCAGCUCGGGCUCGACGGCCGGCUACCUCUUCAUCUACUGCUGCCACUAUUUCGUCACCAAGCUCAAUAUAGAGGACGCAGCCUCCACCUUCCUGUACUUCGGUUACACCCUCAUCAUGGUCUUCUUAUUUUUCCUGCUCACCGGCACCAUCGGAUUCAUGGCCUGCUUCUGGUUUGUCAGAAAAAUCUACAGUGUCGUCAAAGUCGAUUAAUUUACGCGGCGUUAGGUUAAGUAUCGGGUGUUGGUACAGCGGUAUUGACGAGUCCGUCGUGGGCGCCUAUGUUAUGUAUAAAAACCGAGUUGUUAGCGUUGUUUUUCAGAAAAAUGCGCUAUUUGUUGCGUGAGAACCUUCCGCCUAGUCCAUUUGUUUAUGAAAUGUCUUGAGUAUUGAUUGCCUGGUGGUCUAAUAGUGACAUUGAGAUCAAUACUAGGGAUUUUAAUCAACAAUAAUAAUAUCGAAUCACGGACAUGACUAGUAUUGCAAUGGAUGAGAUGAGCCACGUGCCAACACAGGCUGACAUCCUAGCCGGCCGGUGUGGCAGUGUGACAAGUGAGACUGCUGUACACAUUGUGAUUAAUUGUAUAAAAAUUUAUAAUGCUAAUAUAAUAAAUUGAUAGUCUCCUGUGCGUCUUUUAAUGGUUUGUUUAUUAUUUAGAUUUAAUUUGAAUGUUAGGCUGUAUACAUAUUGAUUGAAAUCUCUGCACUAUAUUGCUACUAGUUUACUUUUAGUAUGUGAGAAUAUUAUCAAUGUGUAUGCGCCUUUAGUCGCUAGCUGUAUUUUUUCUGUGAAUGAAAAUUUAAGCUUACAUUUUUUUAUUUAUUGUUUGAACAUCAGCUAAUAUUUACAACCUUGCACAAGAAAACAAUUAGUAAAGCCGUGGAUUAUCUCCAAUUAAAACAAUUGACUAAUAUAGUACUUAAUUGUGCCCUAAACAAUAUCAAGGAAUACUAAAAUAAUGUGAUUUUCGAGUAAGGCAUUCGAUGAUAUUUUAAACAUGUAUAUUGCAAUUAAAACAUAAGUGAGAUUUAAGCAUUUUAAUAAAAUUAUUAGGGAUAAUGAAUACUUCAGAACGAUUUCGUUUCCUAUGUUUUUCCUGUUAUCGUGUGGAUGUGGAUUGAUUGGAGCAUGCGGUGCCCAUAUCUAAUUAAAACAAUAAAGUAGUCAUCAAUUUUCGUGUUGAGUAAUUAAAGCUGCGUUAGAAUAUUUUUUUGACGAAAUAUAGGUAGGAAAGUUGUAUAGGUAUUUGGUGGUUAUGUAUUAUUUUUUAAAUUAAAGAUAUCAUGAGACGUUAUUACUCUAUACCUAAAUCCAUACGAUGACACUUAGAUUAUGAUUUUAGUACCCAUUGUUUAAAAAUACAUACAUAUAACAUAUGCAUACUAUGCAAUUUAAUUUAAUUGUAAUUUUAUUUUAUCAUUACUUUAAAAUUAUGCUUAGUUUAAACAGUUGAAUGUAAAUAAAAAAAACUAUUUUAAAAACGCCUUUAAUUUUAUUAUUGCAUAAAUUAAAUAUAAAAAAGAUAAAUUAAUCACUAUCACUUUCAGAAAGUUCAGCCUUCUCUUUUGGUUGCAAAGCUUUGCGUUUAAAUUGUUUCCGUUUCUGAUCAAGUUUAGUUUUACGGAAUAUUUCAAUUGCCUUCAGUUUGUUUUCUAAUAGAGUCCUUUUAUAUUUCUCCCUUUGUGGGAUUACUUCCUGGUAACGAUCUGUUUUUGGUAUUUUAAUUUCGAACUCCGAUUUACCAUCUUUGAUUUGUGUUACAACUUUUACACCUUGAUUUAAAAGUACAGUUUCUUCGCUAUUUUUGCGCUGUUUCGCGGCUGACGGGCCUGCUUUAUUUUUAUUGCUGGGAGCAUCUUUUUUCGUAACUUUUCUUUUAGGUGCUGGUUUAUCAAUUUCGGCAGGCUUUUCAGUUUCUAAUACGAGUGGUCCCUCCGGACCCAUUUUUUGUACUGCUGCUUUAACCCUUUUACUCAUUUGCUCUUCCAAUGACUGGAAUUCUACUUUUCGCUUGAAAAAGUCCUGCACAGAUCUUUGCGUUUUACGAUCUUGCAUCCGUUUUAAAACUGGCCUGAUUAUUUCGUCUAAUUUAUUUUGAGACCAACCAAACUUAGCUUUUGUAUAAUCUCGCAAUAUUGUGAUGUCUAAUUCACCCCAUGUGAAUUUGUCUUUACUUUUCUCUAUGUUAGGUUCCAAGUAAGCUUGAACCACCUUAAAAAUACAAUGUAGACAAUUAACAAUACAAAUUUUGAUCAGAAAUUAUGAAGUAAAUUAAAAAAUAAACUUACCCGCACACUAGGAAAUUCUUCAGUAAGAGCAACAUUUUUGAGCUUUUUCUUCAAACUUGUGUUAUCAGUCCUCUUGCCUGCCCUGACCCACUGCUUGAAUUCUUGUAAUCCCUUCACCAUUUGAGCAUAACGAGCUUGCUUUGACUCCUCACUAAAUAAUUGCCUUUUAUUGAAUGGGAAUGAUGCUAGAAUCUCUAGGGCAGUAACAGGGCCCACACCAGACACUCCUGUUGUGUAAUCACUACCCACAAGCAGUGCUAACAGAAUUAGUUGUUCCCUAUUUAAAUCUGAAAAUUUUAAACUGUUGUUAUGGUAUGGAUUUCUUGUUAUUUCGAAUCUUAAAAAAAGACUUUUAAAACUUUUAAAUUGAAAAUAAAAAAAUGUGUACUCACUAAAAGAUUUUUCGAUCCUCUCUGCUAAAAACUGCAAAACAUGCUUCUUUUGAUUAAAGAAAUUCUUAUAAACUGUUCUACCUCCAAAUAACCAGAUGUCACUGUCAUCUGUUAUUGUUCCAUCUGUAAGAUUCACACUUUCUAGGAAAGCACAUUGUGCCUCUGCCUCCAUCGGAGCGACGAUAUAAGGAAUGCCGAAUAUCUGAAGUAGUUCUUGAGCUUCCUUCGUCAUUUGUUCAGUAAUAUUUCGCCCUAUACGAUCUAAUCGUCCCUUCUCUUGCAUUAAAUCUUGUUCUUCAUUUUGUAUAUCUUCAACCAUGGAAGUUAGUUGUUCUGUAGUUAAAGUUUGUUUAGGUGGAUUACUUGUUUUUAUGAGUUGGGUAUGUGUUUCCGGCGCUACAAUUAAAUCUGUAGUUUCACUUGAUUUGCUAGGUACAACAUUUUCUUGAAUUGCAGUAUCAUCUGCCUUAUCUACAUUUGGUUUUGCAGGACUUUUUCCAUCAAUAUCUGGGUUUAAAAUUGUAGGUGGAGUCAUUUUAUAACUAGUUUUAAGUACAGGAACUUCAGGCACUUUAAAUACCUUAUCUACUAAACCACUUAUAGGUGUUAACACCUCAUUAUUAGCCCUUGUUUCUUUUAUUGUUUCGUUUUUAUCUCCAGCAGAAUUAUCUGCUUUUUUAAAGACCUCAGCAAAUUCAGCCUUUGUUUCUUUUAUUGCUUCGUUUUUAUCUCCAGAAGAAUGAUCUGCUUUUUCGAAGAUAUCUGCAAAUAUGUCAUCAUCAGGUGCAUUGCCCAUAUUUAAAGUAAGUUCUACAACAGGUUUUUUAACUUCAGUAUUUUCUUCAGGUACUUCUUCAAAAUCACUAUCACUAGAUUCACUUUCAGACUUAUUUUUAUUAGUUGAGACUUCUUCCAUUUCAUCACUGGAUGUACUCUCAUGUUUUAUGUUUUCUGAUGGUAAAGCACUUUUGAUACUUUCAAUUUCUUCUACGCUAGAAUCAAGAUCUAUGACUUCUUGCACUGGAUUGCCAACACAAAUUACUGAUGCUUGAGUGGAAUCUAAACAUUUAUCUGUUUCCCGGUCUGAAGAUGAACUACACUCUGUAGUGGCAGAGGUUUUAUUAUUUUCUUCACCACUACUUACUAACACAGCACCUUCAUCAUCUUCAUCGCCAGAUGAUAGUUCCACUUUAUCAACAAUUACUGACUUUUCAUUGUUAAUUUCAUCUAAUAUCUCAUCUACUUUGGGUACUUUUUUAUUAUUUUUGCCUUUAUUCCUAUUAGUAACAAUUUUAUCAAUGGCUUGGUGUGUGAAAUCACUAUAUUGCAUGAUAUAAGCUUUAGCACUUGACAUAUCUGGUUGUUCACAACCAUCGCCUUCUUCUGAAUCAGUAUCAGAAUAAUCUGUAUCUGUCAUGCAGGAAGUCCAAGAGUCAUCUGUUUUAGAAACUAUACUUGUAUCUUGAUUUGGUUGGCUGCUACUUGGGUCAUCAACACACUCUAAGGACAUUUGAAUUGCUCUCUGUAAAUCAUCUUCUAAUUCAUCAACUUUUUUUGGCUUUUCAUCAUUAGGCUCUGUUAUUUCUGUAUCUUUACUUGUAGUUGCUUUAGCGUUAUCAUUUAUUUGACUUAUUUCUUCAAUUUUACUGGUUGUUGGGUUGUUUUCAGCCUGAUUUCUUUGCUUUGCUGCUGCUAAAGCUUUUUUGACAUCUCUGAUAAGUAAAAAUCGUGUAGAAACAUUAGAGGCAAUGCGCCUUGUAGGAAGUGUGUCUAUUUUAGUAUCAAUGCCUUCUUCAUUUAGCAAAGACUCUAAAUCAUUUAAAGACAUGCCUGUAUCACCCAUUUCCUUUUCAGUCUCCUCAAGACAUUCUUGUACCUUUCUUCUCUUUAAUAGCCUUUGCAUCUGUGGAAAUAAAAUAAAAUAAUUAUAAAUAGACUACAUAGAACUUUUAUAAAUUUACUAAUAUUAUCAGUUAUAAAAAAGAGAUAAAUCACCUGAAAAUCUGAAAAUGAGUUACUUUCCUUAGGUAACUCAUGUAGUCUUCCCCAUGAAUUCAUUUUCCUUGUUUCCUUAAGUUCUAUAAGUACAUCAUACUUUUCUUUGACUCCCAAAUUUUUAAAAGUUUCUGAUUGUAUAUCUAUUGAAUGUACAUCAAUACUGGAGCCACUUGAAUUUUGUUCAUCUUCAGAUCUGA